AUGCAGAGAAACUUCUCAGGGUCUAUAGGAUUGGCAAGCUGUCUAAAAUCCAUCUGGAACUGGAAAUCAAAGGGUGUGGUCUUCAGAACCACUCAAGUCUUCUACUUUGGAGUGCUGAUUACAGAGUUGAUUUUCCCCCCAGAAGUAUCAGCCUGGACAUAUAAUUACAGCACCAAAGCCUACACGUGGAACUAUUCCCGCUCCUUCUGCCAGAAGUACUACACGGAUUUGGUGGCCAUCCAGAACCAGCAGGAGAUCGAGUACCUCAAUGAGAACAUCCCGCCCUACAGCUCUUACUACUGGAUAGGAAUCCGGAAACUAAACAACACCUGGACCUGGGUAGGGACCAAGAAGGCCCUGACGGAGGAGGCAGAGAACUGGGCUGACAAUGAACCCAAUAACGAGAAGAACAACCAGGACUGCGUGGAAAUGUACAUCCAGAGAGAGACAGAGUCAGGCAAGUGGAACGACGAGCCAUGCGGGAAGAAGAAGCGCGCACUGUGCUACACAGCUUCCUGCAAAGACCAGUCAUGUAGCCAGAAAGGCGAAUGUGUGGAGACCAUCGGGAACUAUAGCUGUGCCUGCUACCCUGGCUUCUAUGGGCCAAAGUGUGAAUUUGUGAGCAAGUGUGAAGAACUGGACCUUCCUGCUCAUGUGCUCAGCAAUUGCAGUCACCCCUUGGGAAACUUCUCCUUCAAUUCCAAGUGCAGCUUCCACUGUGCCUCAGGAUAUGUGCUGAGUGGGCCCAGAGAGCUGGAGUGUUUGGCCUCUGGGAUGUGGACGAACAAACCCCCAGAGUGUACAGCCAUCACGUGCCCAGAGCUGUUGGCCCCCGAGGCGAGCAUCCUGCGCUGUACUGGCACCCCUCAAAACGCCAGUGUGGGCACCACUUGCCAUUUCUCCUGCAAGAAGGGCUUCCAGCUGGAGGGCUUCGAUCACGUUGACUGCACAGCCGAGGGCCAAUGGACAACGCCACUACCCACCUGCAGAGGCGCAAGGGUGGCUGUGACCCAGGAGACACGUUGCCAGACCCCCCUGAUUCCCGAGCAGGGCAUCAUGUCCUGCAAACACCACCUAGGGAGGUUUGGGGUCAAUACCACAUGCUACUUUGCCUGCAAAGCUGGAUUCGCGCUAACAGGGCAGAGUCAGCUCAGGUGCCGUGACUCAGGACGAUGGACAACACAUCCGCCGGUCUGCAGAGCUGUGAAAUGCUCCAAGCUGAACAUCACUGAACCCAUGGUGGUCAACUGUUCCAGCCCCUGGGGCAAUGCCAGCUUUGGCACUACCUGCAGCUUCCAUUGCCCGGAGAUGCAGUUUCUGAAUGGUUCCUUGGAAACAGCCUGCCAGGCUGAUGGCCAGUGGUCGGCCCCAAUGCCCACCUGCCAAGCGGGACAACUCACCCUCCAGCAAAUCUUGGCAUACAUCGGGGCUGCAGUGGCCUCCACGGCUGGUCUGGCAACUGGGGGCACUUUCCUGGCUCUACUCCGAAGGCGCAGCAGACGUAAAGAUGAUGGGAAAAAGCCCCUGAACCCUCAUAGCCACCUAGGAGUAUACGGGGUAUUUACAAAUGCAGCGUUUGACUCUGGCUCUUGA